GUCAGGAGAAUCAUGGCUAGCUGGUUUAGGUGGCUGUGGUACCACAGAAACUACAUCAUCAUCGUUGUUACUCCGCUCAUACUGCUUCCCCUGCCACUCAUCAUCCCUACAUCGGAAGCCAGAUGUGGUUAUGCGAUCAUCCUCAUGGCUCUGUACUGGUGCACAGAGUGCAUGCCUCUGGCUGUGACUGCCCUACUGCCAGUCAUCCUCUUCCCCAUGAUGGGCAUCAUGAAGGCGGCAGAUGUCAGUAUUGAGUAUCUGAAAGACUCGAACAUGCUGUUCAUCGGUGGCCUGUUGGUGGCCAUCGCAGUGGAGUCCUGGGGCCUUCAUAAACGCAUCGCUCUCCGAGUUCUGCUGCUGGUCGGCGUUCGUCCGGCCCUGUUAAUGAUGGGCUUCAUGAUCGUCUCAUCCUUCCUGUCCAUGUGGAUCAGCAACACGGCCACAACAGCCAUGAUGCUGCCCAUCGCCCAGGCCGUGCUGGAGCAGCUAAAGGCCACAGAGGCCCGGGCGGACGAACGAGAUUUCCUGGCUGCAGCUGAGGACAACCCCGCGUUUGAGCUCGAGAUCAGUCAAAGUAAACAGGAAAUGGUGGACGAGAAACAGCCUGACACCAAGGCUGAGCUGGAGGACAGAGUGUGUAAUCCAGAGUCACUGCAGGAGUCCAAGAGACAAGCCAUGGAUGAGAAGUACGCGCUCCUGACCAAAGGGAUGAGUCUGAGUGUGUGUUACUCUGCAAGCAUCGGAGGCACGGCCACGCUCACUGGCACAACCCCUAACAUCAUCCUCAAGGGUCAAAUCGACAAGCUCUUCCCUGCGAACGGGGAUGUGAUCAACUUUGCCAGCUGGUUUGCCUUUGCUUUUCCCAACAUGGUGCUCAUGCUGGUGUUGACCUAUUUCUGGCUUCAGUUUAUGUUCCUGGGCUUCAACCUGAAGAAGUCAUUUGGCUGCGGUGUGAAAAACGACAGAGAUAAGGAGGCGUACACGGUGAUGAGGCAGGAGUACAAAAAGCUGGGCCCCAUGAAGUUUGCUGAGUGGGGGGUGCUCACCAUCUUUGUUCUGCUGGUAGUCAUGUGGUUCACCAGGGAGCCGGGCUUCAUAGACGGCUGGGCCACAGUGCUCUUCAAUCAGAGCGGACCGUUUGUGUCAGAUGGAACCGUGGCUAUCUUAAUGUCGAUGCUCUUCUUCAUCAUCCCCUCCCAGAUGCCCAAGUGUGGAAGCUAUGGUGACAACGACAAAGGUGAGAAGGUGAACGCUCCCCCAACUCUGCUGAACUGGCAGGUGGUCCAUGAGCGAAUGCCCUGGAACAUCAUCCUGCUGCUGGGAGGAGGCUUUGCUCUGGCUGCUGGCAGUGAAGAGUCAGGUCUGUCCAAGUGGCUGGGAGAUAUUUUGUCCCCUCUGGAGCAAAUUCCACCCUACGCUAUCUCGUUGGUGCUCAGCCUGCUGGUGGCGACGUUCACCGAGUGCUCCAGCAACACAGCCACCACCACCCUGUUCCUGCCCAUCCUGGCGUCAAUGGCCGUAGCUAUUAAAAUACACCCGCUGUACGUGAUGCUGCCCUGCACCAUCGCCGCCUCUCUGGCCUUCAUGCUGCCUGUGGCCACACCACCCAACGCCAUCGCCUUCGCUUUUGGAAAACUCAAAGUCAUAGACAUGGUGAAAGCUGGCUUCAUGCUGAACAUCAUUGGGAUCUUGACUGUUAAUUUAGGCAUCAACACCUGGGGAUACGCCAUGUUUGAUAUGGGAAACUUACCUCAUUGGAUCAACAGUACAGCUUGA